AUGCCAUUGCCAGAACCACGCGAGCUCACUCCUCGGGUCUGCGAGUUGGAAACCUGUAGCGAGACAGACAAAGAUCUUCUCAAGCGCUGCUCAAGCUGCAAAGUCGCCUACUACUGCGGAGCAUCCCAUCAAACAGCUGAUCGAAGCCGUCACAAAAAUGGCUGUGCCAUCAUCAAAAAAGCACGCAAGGCGGUAGAGAAGGAAGAGCAGGAGCUUCGCGAUCAUCCGGGAGAUAUGUUCACCCCUCCGAAUAUCUUUGAGAAUGGCGUUGGGCACUUUUGGGGUAUUCAUGAGACGCGCGCGUACAUGCGUGCGCGAUAUCAUAUGGUCGAUGUGUUGCUUCAGGUUUUUGGUACGCCAGGUGGUAAGAUUGAUGCUGUUCAAGAGGCGUUGGAUCAUCUCCUUGAUAUGCUUCGUCUUUGUCGGGGCGAUAACAUGGGUGUGAGGGAUCUUGUGCCGCAUUUGUACAUUCGGCUCAGCAGGGAUCAGGAAGCCUACGAUUUCGUCGAAUGGUAUGCUACUACUGGCUCCGAGUCCAAGUACGAUUGGGGUGACAUGGAUCAGCCAUACCUCGAUGUCAAGGAUGCGGAUGUUUUGGAAGAACCAUUGGAGGCUUGGUCAAACGGGAAAUAUCUCAGCUUAGGCCACGUGGCAGCUGUGACGCUCAUAAAAGUGAGAAUCCUGCUUGACUUACAGUCUGCUCAGAACACCACCCGGGCCCUCAACGGUACUAUCCCGCCAGAGAUCAUCGAACUUAUACGCAGUGAGCUCGUCGGCAGUGCUGUGGCGUCACGUCCGCAGAUCCUCAUGGGCAGCACAGAACAUCUCUCCAAGCUCAUCAAGAAGCUUAAGGACCAGAUUGUUAAGCUUUAUAGAUCUGUGAACGAGUAUAACCCUCACUUCUGGCGCUUGAUGCUGAGAAGUCCAGUAUCGGCAGCUUCGCAAAGACCUGGGAUGUACUCACCUGAAACGAAGGAGGAAGCAUGUUUGAUGAUUGGAUACUGCCUUGCUUCUUGGGUUGAGACCCCCGGAGCGUUUCAGUUGAUGAAGGAUUUAAGUGAAACUGUUUAG